AUGGCAUUUGUGGCCCGUCGCGCCCGGGGGUUACCUGCAUCGGAACAAACGGGCAAUGCUGCAAUUCGGAAACUUGGAGGUGCGGAAAGAGAGAACUGCGCUCCUGGAACCUGCUGGGAGGGCGUUUGCUGGGGUCACAAAGUAUAUACGACCGAUGGCACAUGCGGAUACGCAAAUGGGAAUCGCAAGUGUGCUGGAAAGCAGGGAACUUGCUGCAGCAUCUACGGUCGCUGUGGAAGAUACGCAGACUUUUGCGGUGCAGGGAUCUGCCAGUCAGGAGAGUGCGAAAGCCUACAACCCCAUCUGGAUGUCUUCCUUUUGAACAGACAGAUGUGUCGUCCCUGA